AUGGCUCGUCCUAAGAAGGUCACCAAAGACAAGCCGGUGAAGGAAGAGAAAUCCGCCAAGGCUCUAGCCAAACUUCCACGGUUGAGGAAGGAUGGAAAACGUUGGAAGAAGCCAGUUUUCACUAUGAAGCGUUCAAUUUUGGCCGUGCUCAAGCAGGUCCAUCCCGACCGAGGGAUCUCGAAAGCCUCUAUGGAAAUCAUGCACAAUUUUGUUAUGGACAUGUUCGAACGAAUCGCCAUUGAAGCCGCGAAAUUGACCAAAAUGUCAUCAAGAACUUUGUCGUCUCGGUGCAUUCAAACUGCUGUCCGCCUCAUUCUACCUGGCGAGCUGGCUAAACAUGCUGUAUCCGAAGGUACGAAAGCAGUGACCAAGUACACCACCGCCACCAAGUAA